AUGGUGAUUGGCGUCCACCCAGCUACUCAAGACAUUGGCAGCGAAAGUAAUUCAAUAUUGGACAUGGCUCUGCUGCAUAUAAGCCGGUACUCUUUGAAUGAUACAUUCAGUGGUUUCUACAGCACUGUGGAUUUACACAUAUGGCUGAUGGGCUGUGUGGCAGUUUUGCUGCUGGCUCUGCUGAUGUCCUCGCUAUUGGCUGCUGAGGGAAAACAACUGCGAUGUUCAAACAGAAAGACGAGCAGAGGCAUCGAGCGCAACCGCGAAGAAGAAGAGAAAAGAGCUGAGCUGAAGUUCCCAGAGUGGACGUCGUGUCAUGUUAAUCCCUGGGAACACAGUAGCAAAUUUGAAGGCGAUAUAAUUGUAAAAAAUCACACCGAACUGAAACAGGCUCUCAGGGAUCCAGAAAGGCUGUGGCCAAACAAGACGGUUCCGUAUCGGUUUGAGCACCUGUACUUCUAUGAGAAUGAACUGAAGAGAAUAAAAGAUACAAUCAAAGAGUUCAAUACUUUCACCUGUGUGCGUCUUCGUCCUGCCACGGAUAAAGACAAGGAUUACAUUCUGAUAACUGGCCACAGUGAAGGUUGCUGCACAAAGAUUGGAAGAGUGGGCGGAAAACAGCUGCUGUAUUUGGAGCCUCCGGUCUGUGUUUUCAAGAAAGGCUGUAUACACCACGAAAUCAUGCACGCCAUAGGUUUCGGCCAUGAGCAUAAUGCACCUACACGUGACAAAUAUAUUCGAAUUAAUUGGAGCAAUGUCAAAGACGAUCAAAAACAGUAUUUUACAAAGCUAAAACCGGAAGACGUAACAGAUUAUGGAGUUGAGUACGACUACUACAGCAUUAUGCACGCCAGCAGGAAAGCAUUUUCUAAAAACAACAGAAGUACAAUUGAGACAAUAGAUGAAUUUGCUGUCAUCGGUCAACGACAAAAAUUAAGCAAAGCAGACAUACUUAAAGUUAAUAGACACUACAAAUGUGCAUGAUACAGCUGAACUUUCAGAGCAAUGCUUUUUGAAGGUUAACCAAAAUUCUCAUCUUCUGAACCAGUCACAUCUUGAAUUUGAAG